CAAAAUUUUUAGCAGCUCUGUAUCUCUGCGAAAAAUCAUCGAAUUUGGAAAAACUAUAGCUCAAUGGAAGCAGAACGCUUGUCACGAGCAUUAGGAUGUCGACUAAUUCGCACUUCUGUCAAAGAAGACGUAAAUGUAGCCGCUGUAUUUCGUCACCUAGCUGCAAGAUGUCUUGCAGAAUUACGGGAACCUCCACCAUCACCUGAACACACAUAUCAUGCUGGAGGUGCUUUACCCCAUACUAGAACAAUCAGUGCCUUCAAUCCUAGUCACUCCGCCAAAUCUCACAAUGGUACCAUAAUAUUACGAUCAGGAAAACGUGCGAAAAAUGGCAAAAAGAAAAAUGUACUUAAAAAUGCAUGUAGACUUGUGUAAUAAGACUAUCUUAAAUUGUAAAACAAUAAAAAUGCCUUACUCCCUCACUGAAUUUAAAAAAUAA